AUGUCUGACGAUCUUACAAACGCCAAUGGUGCAUAUAUUAAUGAGACCUCAGAAAAUUUUAAUUAUGAUGAUAAAGAAUUAAAUAAUGAAGUAUUUGAUCAACUUAUUUAUGACAAUGGUGCAUCUAGUAGUGAGACGUCCGAAAACUCUAAACUUGCUGAUAAUGAAGAAGAAAAUGAAGAAGUUGAUCAGCUUACAUAUGCUGAUGAUGAAGAAGAAAAUGAAGAAGUUGAUCAGCUUACAUAUGAUGAUGAUGAAGAUGAAAAUGAAAAUUUUGAUGAGCUUGAAAACGCCUAUGAUGCGUGUAAAAGUGAAGAAUUUGAGGAGUUAAUGUACAUGGAUGAUACAUCUAACAGUGAACAAUUCGAGAUGCGUCCAAUCGACUAUAAUGCACAUACCAAUGAACACUUGUACAACCCUGCAUACGAGAUCAUUGAGGAAUCUGACAAUCUUAAAAACACCGAUACUGAAGUGAUGGGCAUUAAUUAUAAAUACCCCUAUAAGACAUCCCUUCAAACAAUAAAUGAUUUCUGCUUGAGGACGGACCCAACCAUAUGUAAAACGUUGUGCACGAUAAUAGUAAUGAGCUGUCCAAGUAAUUUCAAUAGAUACAACGUUAAAGUCGUCUCUCUUCCCGUAGACAACGUGUGUGAGUUGUGCAGGAUGAUAAUAGAUACUGUUUCUACAUCCAAUCUGGAUUCAACAUAUAAAGACGAAUUGAACAAUAUUACUCCGAUUGGAGGAACAUUGCACAUCGAGCUUGAACAUAUUCCAACACUGUGGGACUUACAAAAGAAUAAUACAAAUUUAACACAAACUAUCUCGUCCGAUGAAGAUAAGGAAGAGGAUGAGAAUUGUGACCAGCAGAUUAUCUCGGCCGAAGAAGAAGAGGAAGAGAAUGAAUAUUGUGACCAGCAGAUUAUCUCGGCCGAAGAAGAAGAGGAAGAKRAURAAUAUUGUGAYCAGCAGAUUAUCYCGGCCGAARAARAWGAAGAAAAUUUGGAAAAUUGCAAACCAAGUACCUCGGACCAAAAUUUAUCACAAUCACAGUGCAACAGUUACGCAGAGGAUAUCAAGGACUUUGAACCCAAAUACAAAUAUAAUUUAAACAUUUAUCUUGAAGAAGCAUUUCGGGCGGUACUGUUAAUGAAGACAACCCCUAUCGUCCGGAUAUGUUCAUUAAUUAGAUCGAAAUUGGUUGAAAAAGAUUGUAAAAAUGACUCAAUUACUUAUGGUGUGAUCAAUUAUACCGACAUAAUCAAAAAUGUUUAUUUUGGAGAGCCCUCUAUCGAAAUUGAUGGAAUUUCAUACAAUUGCGAGAACACGGAGCUCGUGGAAAAAAUUGUAAUGAUGCAAUUAGAAAAAAUCGAAUCUCGAACAGAAUGUGCCAGAUUUGAAUAUUCAUUCGAUAUAGAUGUUCCUAUAUUAAAGGAAGAAAAACAAAUUAACAUUGAAAAUAUGGAAUUUGUUGUUCAAGAUAAUGAGAAAAUCGAGGACCGAAGGAGACAACUUGCUUCUCGACAUGGAAUAUUAGCUAAUGCUACAUAUUACCGGAGCAUAGGCUCAUUACAAAUGUAUAAAAGAAAGUUGAUGAAACAAGGAUACAACUUCGAGCUGGACGAGUACGGUCUACGAUAUACAUAUUAA